CUCCCGCUCGCCUCCCAGAAACGUUGGCGAUUUCACCACGCUAUCCGUGAGCGGUUGGUGAUAACGGAGUGGCGGAAGGAGCCGCCGAACAUCAGUACCUCUGUCUUCGUGGGUAGCGCCUACAUCGCGGUCAGCCGGGAGUUUGUCGCCCACGUGUUUGCCAGCGCCGAGGUCCAGGCGUUCCUCAGGUGGUCGGAGGAUACCUACAGCCCGGACGAACACGUGUGGGCCACCCUGCUGAGGAUGCGCGGCGUGCCCGGCUACCACCCGUACACCCGGAGAUCCCUCCACAUCCUGGGCCGGGCAGUGAAGUGGUCCUUCGAGGCUGGCAACGUGGUGAAGGGAGCCCCGUACGGUGACUGCACGGGGACGUACCGCCACCUGAUCUGUGUCUACGGGGUGGGCGACAUCAGCUGGCUGCUGCUCCAGGAAUCUUUCUUCGCCAACAAGUUCGACCCCGAGGUCGACAACAUGGCCGUGCAGUGCAUGGAGGAGUAUCUCCGCAACAAGACCCUGCGGGAAGCCCAGCGGGGGGGGUGGGGAGCAGAGUAA